CACAUAUACAUACAUACACACACUAUAUUGCCAAAAGUACAAAUUUUUAGCUGGGGUGCCCAAACUUUCAAUCCCCACUGUAUAUAUAUUAAGCACCUGGGCAUACAGACUGCUUCUACAAACAUUUGUGAAAGAAUGGGUCGCUCUCAGGAGCUCAGUGACUUCAAGCAUGGUACCAUGACAGGCUGCCACCUGUGCAAUAAGUCCAUCCGUGAAAUUUCUUUGCUACUAAAUAUUCCACGGUCAACUGUUAGUGGUAUUAUAACAAAGUGGAAGCAACUGGGAACAACAGCAACUCAGCCACCAAGUGACAGGCCACGUAAAAUGACAGAGCGGGGUCAGCGUAUGCUGAAGUGCACAGUGCGUAGAAGCCAACUGUCUGCA